AUGUCUCAGCAGGAGCUCUAUGGGAAUUGGCUGUGCCCUCCACCGUCACCAGGGAAGAGACUGGUGAGACAAACAGGGAUCUACUUAUUAGCAGGGGGACCAGCACAUGCAAGUCACUUCAGAUCUGGCUCACCUGAUAGUUUUUCCAAUGAGGAGGAUUAUGACGAUGUGUCCCUGUCCGAGACGUGCGAUAACAUGCAAAGGAGGCUACCAGCUUAUCAAGACAAUACAGAUGUAGCAAGCCAGAGAAGCAAGGAAGGCAAAGGGGUUUACGUGCUAGCCGGGAAGCCAGCAUCUUCAAGUCUCCCAAGGACAGCUGACCCCAUUCCUGACGCCAAUCAAGGAAUAGGCUACAGACCGAAGUCCAUUGUGACACUGUAUGUCCUGAUGGGCAUUUGUUUUGCAAUGUGGGCAGUUCUCCUCUCACUGGCAGUGGUGAAAUACGUGGAGAUGUCAGAGGAGUUAAAAGUUUUAAACUAUAACCACUCGGAGAGGCUAAUGAACGUGGUGCAGGACCUGGCUGAUGCCCGAAUAGAGCGAAAGAAAAUCCAGCACAACAUGAACAGGAGCUAUAAGGAAUUGUCGGAUUUGACAGCAUCCAUCUGCAAUGCUUUCCCAGAGCCUAUUCAAUGUUCAGCCGGCUGGAAGAAGUUUGGGAAAACAUGCUAUUACUUUUCAAAUACGACUACAGACUGGAUGGGUGCGAAGCAGUUCUGUACUGAUCAAAACGCUUACCUGGUUAUCGUUAACAAUGACAACGAACAGGCUUUUUUGAAAGACUGUAAUAAACAGAAAAGGACAUACUGGCUGGGACUGAGCGAUGCAGAGGAGGAAGGGAAGUGGCAGUGGAUAGACAAUAGCCCGUAUUCUGUCAGCUUUUGGAACUUGGGGGAACCAGACAUCCAGGGUGAGGAGGAAGACUGUGUCUACAUGAGGUCUACUGGGACAUGGGGCGAUUCCAAGUGCUCCCAGCCCAAUUACUGGAUUUGUGAAAAGACAUGGAUCUGCUGA